GGUGUCUACCAUGCCUGAGCUACAGCAACUGAGUGUAUCUAGACCCCCCGCCAAUGCUGGCCAGAUCCAGAGGAACAUCUUGGAGGAACAUGUGGAGUUGUGGUGGUUCCAGCAGCCCAGAAAAUCUUUCCUUUGCUACGGGGUGGCUGUUGCCCUCAUCCUGGCCUGCGGGGUGGGUGGCAUCUCCCUGCUGUACAGUACUAGCAGCCGUUCUGGGGAAUGGAGACUGGCAGUGGGCACCACACUCUGCCUACUGGCACUCUUGGUGUUGCUGAAGCAGCUGUUGAGCUCAGCUAUCCAGGACAUGAAUUGCAUUCGCAACCGGGGACAGGUCGAGCUCCUGAAGAGUGGUGGUGCCUCGGACUGUGUUGUGCUGCUCUUGACGGCCCUGGUGCUACUGGUGUGUGGCACUGUCCUUACGGCACUUUCCUCCACCGCUACCACUAGUGGCAGCACUGCACGCCCCCUCGCCAGCAUGUUCAUCAGCGGUAUUGUGCUCACAGCUUCAGGAGCUAUCCUCUUACUCAGCCUACUUCUUUAUUUGACAUGGACUUCAUGUCGUUCCACAUCUCGCAGCCGGGACGCUGGCAAUGAGAGGGCCCUCUUCACAAUAUCAGGACGCAUCGCAGCCAGUCAGCAGCUCGCCUCUACCUCCAGCACGGCCAACCUUAUUUAAGCAGAGGCUGCUGC